AUGACAAUUAAGGGAAGACAACUGUUUGUUGGAAAUUUACCAUUUGUUGUUGGGUGGCAAGACUUGAAGGAUCUGUUCAGAUCAGCUGGUAACGUACAACGCGCAAACAUUAUGCAAGGUCGUGACGGUCGAUCAAAAGGACACGGUAUAGUACUUUACGCGACUGUAGCUGACGCUCAGAAGGCUAUUUCGACUUUUGACGGAUAUGAAUGGCAUGGAAGGAAAUUAGAAGUUCGCGAAGAUCGAAUUGCAAUGGAAUAUCCUCCACCACCUCCACCAAUCACUACUGCACCAACAGACAAUAACAAUAGUAGUAGUAACAAUGGAUCGACACAAGCAUCAUCACCCAUUGAAUUUUCACCAUCAGAGAAUAAUUCGAUCAAUGGAACCUCGUCGUAUGCAGUGGACGAGGCAAAUCAGAGUACUUCUACUUCCACAGCUACUACCGUAGUUGGUGGUGGCGGUAACGCUGUUGUAAACGGAGUUAAUGGAAAUGGAAAUAGCAAUGGUAAUAAUAUUAGUAGUACUCUUCAGAGGCAAUUGUUCGUUGGUAACUUACCGUUUCGCGUACGAUGGCAAGACUUGAAAGAUUUAUUUCGAAAAGCUGGGACAGUCUUACGCGCCGAUGUUGCAAUGGGUUAUGAUAAUCGAUCAAAAGGCCACGGCACUGUGUUAUUUGCAACUUUAGAAGAUGCGAAAAAUGCAAUUGAAAUGUUCAACAAUUAUAAUUGGCAAAGUCGCACACUGGAAGUUCGUGAAGAUCCUCUUAGUCAACAUACGCAAAGUUUAUUUGCUCCUCCCGGUCCGAUGAUGCCACCUGGUGGUAUUUUUUAUGGACUCCCGUUCAAUUGUCAAUGGCAAGAUUUAAAAGAUCUUUUCCGUAACGCGGGUAAUAUAAUUCGAGCAGACGUGUCGACCAAUUAUGAUGGGAGAAGUCGAGGCUUUGGUACCGUAUUGUUUGCUACUCCGGAAGAUGCGCGUAAUGCUGUCGGGCGAAUACUUCGUGUACAUUUCGAUAAAUUUACGUUGCCGAAUAUGCCACCACACCCGCAUCACCCUGGGCCGCAUCCACCACCACAUCUCGCGGUUCAUCCCCAUUCACAUCAUCCUCAUCAUCCGCAUCAUCCGCAUCAUCGACCCCCACCUCAUCCACUGAUUCCACAUAGCUUUCAUAUGGGUUUACCACCUCCAAUCCCUCAUCACUUUAUGGCUCCAGCACACAUCGGUCCGUUUUCUCCACCUCUUACAACGCCUCCGCCACUCACCAGUCCGCCACCUUAUCCCACGAAUGGGUAUAACCCCUUGGCACAUCAUCUAGCAGGAAAUACCACAUUAAAUUCUUCGACGAAUGGAAAUUCCACUUUUCAGCCAAUUCCGCCACUGAUCUCUUCCACCACAGGGUCAGCAACACACGAUCAAUCGUUAUCUACACAAUCUCAUGCUGGGCAAUUUCCCGGGUUUGGUCCUAUUGGAAAGAAUCAUUUUGUUCAGAUGCUUAGUGCCAAUACAUCGUUAUCUGGAUUUGGCUCGGUUGGUGCUACAUUUCCGGCUAAUAAUUCUGGUGCUAAUGGUAAUGGUAUAGCGACUACAACUACUAUUGGAAAUAAUGGAAUCGACUCAACUUUCAACUCUCCAUCGACUAAUUCUACUAUUGACAAUAAUGGAAUUCAAAGUUUGAAUUCAGCUAUUGCAGGCUUACAUCUUAAUCCAAAUCCGUCUCAACCAUUGUUUUUCCAUCCGCAUCACCAUCCGCACCAUCCGCAUCAUCGCCCAGGCGGAAUUAAUGGUAUUAGUCAUCUUCAUCAGCAACAGCAACUUCAUAAUACUAAUGCACUCUCGCAUACGACCGGAACAAACGGUGCAUCGUCGUCAUCAUCUGCCACGUCUGUGACUGUAACGAAUGGAUUGAACGGUGUGCAUAAUACUUCUACGCCAAAUGGAGUAAUUGACUCAGAUACAACUGGGAGUAAUGGGGUUAUUAAAGCGACUUCUUCCGCCAGUGAUCCCAAUAAUAAUUCAAUAAAUCCUACUACAACUACCAGCGCUAAUGCUAAUUCUACCACCUCUUCUGCUUUAAUUGUUCCUUCAGCCGGAUUAUGGAAUAAUAGCGCGGCAACUAUGCUUACGACCGCUACUACCACUACAACUAAUGGAUCAAUUGGUAUCGAAAUGGCAUCGUUGGCAGCACAAUCAGUUUAUGUUCGGAAUAUUUGA